GCUAUUGGUUACACGUCCUGUCAGUCAGGUCAGAAAGUAGCGGAGAGACCCGCCCCCCUCGCGGCUGCAGAAAACAAGGGCAUUGGGUUGCUGUUGGUUUACCCGCCCGAGCUCUGCUGCUGCUGCUGCUGAGCGGGAUGCAGCUGACCUGUGGAGGAUGCUUGUGGACAACGAGCGCAUCUUAUAGCCCUAUAGGACUGCUACUGAAGACUAAUCCUUAGAUGAAGGAACGAUGCGAGGCGUAUCUUGUCCUGUUUUUGUUUACAUCGGCUAAAAAGCAGUUGAUUGUAUCCAUCCCCUGCAGAAAACCAAGGCGCAGCCUGCAGAGACCCUACUACUACAUCCACCCCUGUGCAGCAUUAUAGCAGCAGCUUCCCAGGUAAACCGACACCAUGUUGACUAGCAUCACCGAGAGUCUCCUCUGCUGUCUGACGGGCAAGACUACCAGUGUGGUCCUACCUGUGGAGUCUUCUGAUUCUGGUCCUGCUGAUGGCUUUGAGUUUGUUGAGGUGAAGCCGGGCCGUGUCCUGAGGGUGCGGCACAUCCUACCUGAGCGCCCGGAUGCCACUGAGCCGAAACCAGAGCAGAGCUCCAUCAUCCACUGCAAGCGCAAGAUAACCGUGUACCGCAAUGGGCAGCUGGUGAUCGAGAACCUGGGCGAUGUCCUGCACUCUGAAAUCCUGCAGUGCCAGAACGGAGAUGUGGAGCAGUGCAGCACCGUGGAGGUAGAGUUAGCUGACUACUCCACUGCCCCAUCUUCUCCCGACCCCAAACCUGCGCCUCCACUUCCAGUCUCAGACCAGCAGAGGCCUGCACCCCCACCCAGGAGACGCAGGCGGAAGCCAAAGCGCACUGUUGCCAUCGAUUCAGAGCGCCACAUCACCAGCUGUAAGGGUACACAUUCGGACGUAGCCCUUUUCUUCAUCCACGGUGUUGGGGGCUCGCUUGACAUCUGGGGUCGCCAGCUGGACUUCUUCUCUAGGCUGGGCUAUGAGGUCGUUGCCCCCGACCUGGCAGGGCACGGAGCCAGCACAGCCCCACAGAUAGCAGCGGCUUAUACCUUCUACGCUCUGGCUGAAGAUCUGCGGGCAAUAUUCAAGAGAUACGCUCGUAAGCGCAAUAUCCUCAUCGGCCACUCGUAUGGGGUAUCGUUCUGCACGUUCCUGGCACACGAGUACCCUGAGCAGGUGCAUAAGGUGGUGAUGAUUAACGGGGGAGGCCCAACGGCACUCGAGCCCAGCCUGUGCUCAAUCUUCCAGCUACCCUCCUGCGUCCUGCACUGCCUGUCCCCCUGCCUUGCCUGGAGCUUUCUCAAGGCUGGCUUUGCCAGGCAGGGCGCUAAAGAGAAGCAGCUGCUGAAGGAGGGAAAUGCCUUUAAUGUGUCUCCGUUUGUGCUGCGAGCCAUGAUGAGUGGUCAGUAUUGGCCAGAGGGAGAUGAGGUGUACCAUGCUGAGCUCACUGUGCCCAUCUUGCUGGUGCACGGCCUCUACGACAAGUUUGUGCCAAUGGACGAGGACCAGCGUAUGGCUGAGAUUCUCCUCUUUGCCUUCCUGAAAGUGAUAGAGGAGGGCAGCCACAUGGUCAUGAUGGAAUGCCCUGAAACGGUAAAUACACUUCUUCAUGAAUUUUUCCUCUGGGAACCAGAUGUCUCCGGAAAGGAUUCAGCCUCCAAACCAACUUCUGACCAAACCGCAGUGACAAAUGCCACAACUGUCGCUCCAGUCGCCACUACACUCAGCACGACUGAAGAAACCACCGGGACGCCCAAAUCCAACAAGCCUCUAAAAAAAUAACCAACUAGGAUUGGUGUUUUUUUUUUGGGGUAAACCAGAAUCUGAAGGCUGUUUGACGACAGGCGGUACCGAGUCGAACGUUCACCCAGGCUUAGCGCUGUUUUUUGGAGGUGAAGUUUGAGCUGAAGGUUCUGAAGGAUGUUGCACCAGGGCGGCUAGGAAGGUAUGUGUGCAGUGAGACUCAACAAUGCCAAUAGUGACCAGAGGAUAAAAGAAAGGAAGGAAAGCUUAAACCCAGUUUAAGACUAGAAAUGACAGUUUAUUAAAUAAAAAAUCGUUGGCUUCACUUCUCUCUGCUACCUUUGGACAUAUAUCUUUCCUUGUUGUGUCGUCGUCUAAACAAAAGAAGUGGAGCUCCGCCCAGUGGGCUCUUUAAAGUGCUUGGGCUCUGACUGGACCAAACUGAAGCAAAUCAAAACAGAAAGGUUCUGAAAUGAUCCGGGCUGGACUUUAGUUCGGAGGAGGCCGGUCUCUAUGCUCGUACAGUGCUUGUGAAUCUAUUGUGUGAUCUAUUGUUCCCGACCCAGACCACGUGAACACGUCAAAGAGGGGGAAACAGAAAAUCCAGUUUCAGUCCACGUCUAAGUGUGUCGUGUUUUUAUACAUGCCCUUCGCUGGAUGAACGCUGUUAUCUGUCCAGAGUAAUAGCAACUUAGUAAUAACAACAAUAAUUCUCUUAUAAGAAAAAAAUGGAUAUUAAUACAGUAGUGCAAUUGUCUUCCUGUGUUAAUGUGCCCACAACAGCCCCCAGAGGACUGGAAUAUAGGGGGGAGGCUGGGGGAUGAGAAGUGGGAUGGAGACGUUCAUCAAAUUCCAUAAAAUUUUAAAAUAACCCACCUUGGUGUCCUCAUAAAGCUUAAAAUAUUCAAAAUAUUGACAUAAACAUAAAUAUAUUUAAAUAUGCAUAUAUAUAUCAUAUAGGUAUAAUAUAUGAAUAGCCAUAUAUAUAUAUCCAACUAUAUAUUUCCCCAUUUAAUGAAUGUUGACCAAAACAAGUAAAAAAACAUCUACAAAGCUGUGCAUGAUAAAGAUGGGGGGAAAAAAACGUGAAAAAAAAAAUCACAUGUGCCCGACAAGCAGAAAAUUGUGUCAGUAGGAGAGCACCCAUGUUUCCUAGCAACCAGGAAUUAGAGGAAAGCAAAGAUGAAUGAGACAUAGCUGGCAGUGGAGCGCCGCUAAAAGAUGCUGUUGCUGUGCCAACGAUGAUAUGAUUUUGGUGCUGUCAUAAAACACACACACACACACAGGAAAUAAGCUAACACACACCACAGUACUGCUAAUGUAGCUCACAGAUACCAAUAUGCCAGUACCAAUCUUCCUCUUGCAGUGCAACCUCAACUGGUAAAACUGUUUGGGUUGCUAAGACUGGACAAUACUUCGAUAUCAAUAUAUAUCGCCAUAGAAAAUAAGAAUAAUGGUGAUAUGAUUUUUAAACUUCAAGUUUCAAUAUCACUCAAAACUAGAGUUGUGUAUUGACAAAAAAACUUGUUGAUGUGAUACAUAUCAUAAGACAGGGAUUAUGGUUCAAUUCUUUGAGAUACAGUGAGAUACUGUAAACAAGGUUAAUUGUUAUCCAAUCAGAACAGUGCGAUCUAAAGACACUGCUGAAAAAAUACAAAACUGCUGUCUUCUGUCAAUCUUUAUAUGAACUAAUAAUUAACAAUCAGUACUGUGAAAAUCGGUACGAUAUAGAAAAAUGCAGUAAUAUUUUCUUACACACCUAUAAUAAUAACUAAGGAGCAGAAUAUCUAAUAUAAAUAUCAUUACACACAGCAAGACUUACUCUAUUGAACCAGUGCAAUAUCUGCAAACCUGUCAUCAACAAUAAGCAAGUAAUCCAGCUUUGUUGACUUAGACCUAGACUGUUGGCUCUAGUGGCCUUAACUACAACGCUACUGGCAAUGUCAGUAUGAUGCAUGAUGACAUACAUCACAGGCAAUGGCUUUACACUGUUCAUAUCAAUACCUGAAUUAUAUUGUAUCAACCAAAAUUAAGAAAUAUAUUGUGAUAUAUUUUUUGGCCAUAUCGUUCAGUCCUACUUAAAGAAAUAAGCUACUGAAAACCCCAACUGGGAUCACUCAGAUGUGAACACAAACUGAUGCAAUUUGGUCAAAAAUAGGCCAUGUUACAGUGCACCACUUCUCAAAGUAAACAAAACCAGACAGGCAGGCAGUCCAAGCAAAGCGAGAAGCAAGGCUACUUCCAGACACAGGUUGCCAUGGGCAACGGACAGGCAAAAAGCCCAUCUGGUCAAAAAGCUGCAGGCCUGGUCUUUGUAACUGGGGCGCUAUUUGAGAUCAUUGCAUUCUAGAGGAACACAAGGCAUCACAGGAUUCUGUCAGCUCGUCUGGGGUUAAUGCAGCAAAUGCAGUGCAAAAUGAUGAGAAAUGAAAGAACAAGAGGCCAGAACAGACAUCAUGUGAUCAUAAUAUGUUUGCAGAUCUGUUCUGGGAAUUCUCUGGACUGGUGGAUUAUUAUUAUUACUACUGGAUAAUGGAUAAUUGCUGGUCUGAAAGUAUUGGUGCAGUACAGUUGUUUUGUUUUUUUAAUGCCAGUAAAUGCAAAACUUUAAAAGAAAUAUACCAUACCACAGUACAGGGUGAGUCAAAAGUCUGAGAAUACCCUUUUAUUUCAGAAAUGAAAGGGAAAAUGACAUAUCUGAAUAACCCAGAAAAUAAUCAUUAAGGUGGCCUAUCUUUAAAGCUAUUUCCGAAACAUGGUCGGCAUCUUAAAAGUUGCCAUAUUUCAUUUCUGAAAUAAGGAUAAGGGUGUCCUGCGUCUUUCGACUCACCCUGUAGAUCAUGGUUAUUAAUGUAGCUCAAAAAUCUGCAUCCUUCCAACAAAAACAAGUGACUUAACUGCACAGCUUUAAACAGAUUCAAGAGUAUUUAAAUCAGUUCAUAUAGGUUAUCAUGGCUUGGCUCCAAUAAAAUAUGAUUCGAAGUAGGCAAAUUCCACCUGUCCACUUAAAGUUAAAUAAAAUCCUAUUUAUAUUCCGUUUUCACACACAAAAAUAAAUAUGACAGUUUUAAAUUAUGUAACCAUCACUGCCCACAUAAGGUUAUUAUAUGCAUUCUUUACAUAGGAAUGGAUGUUACGCAGAACAUCCUUUAGUGGGCAGUACAGAGUCAUUAUUCUGACAUUCACAAAAAUAAAAAAAUAAAAAACGUUUCAACGGUUCAGGAGGACAUGAUAAUAGAUGUAUUCCAAAAUGAAGGCUGCAGUCUAGGUGGGCCACUAUGUCAGGCUGUUCCAAAGUAGAGUGGAGUUGUAUUAGGUGGAGAAAUUUGAAGUUUGCAACCAAUGUAUACUUUACCCACAGUUCUCUACUCACAUUUAACAUAGAAAAAUUAGAGAAAAAAAAUUACCCGAAACUUUAAAAAUGGAAAAAAGACUUUUUUUUAAUAUUAAUAUAUUUUAACACAAAUUAAUCAUUGUACCAAG